AUGUCGUCGGAAGCCGCGCAAGUUGCAGGCAAGCGCAAGCGUGCGAGGACCCAGUCGUGCCCCCCGCCGGAGCUGCCUCAGCUGGUUGCCGAGCAGCAUGUGCCAAUUCCCUCUCACGACAAGGACACCCAGCGGUUGAUCGUCAUUCUCUCGAAUGCCAGCCUGGAAACCUACCGGGCCUCCAGUGGCCGUGCUCCAGGAAAGGAUGAGAAGUACUCGCUGCUGAACAGCGACGAACACAUUGGUAUCAUGCGUAAGAUGAACCGGGACAUCAGCGAGGCUCGUCCGGAUAUUACUCAUCAGUGUCUUCUUACCCUGCUGGAUUCCCCGGUGAACAAGGCUGGGCGCCUUCAAAUCUUCAUUCACACCGCCAAAGGUGUUCUGAUUGAGGUCAACCCGUCCGUCCGUAUUCCGAGAACCUUCAAGCGAUUCGCCGGUCUGAUGGUCCAACUGCUACACCGCCUGUCCAUCCGCUCCACCAACUCGCAAGAGAAGCUGUUGAAGGUCAUCAAGAACCCGAUCACCGACCACCUGCCGCCCAAUUGCCGCAAGGUGACGAUGAGUUUCGAUGCCCCCGUCGUCCGGACCAAGGAUUAUAUUGAGUCAUUGGGACCCAAGGAGAGCAUUGCCAUCUUCGUUGGUGCCAUGGCCAAGGGCCACGAUGACUUUGCUGAUUCGUUCAAGGAUGACACCAUCAGUAUCAGCAACUACAGUCUGAGUGCCAGUGUGGCUUGCAGCAAGUUCUGCCAUGCGGCCGAGGAGGUAUGGGAUAUUCUGUGA